CGCUCAAGUUCCCCAGCCGCCGGAAGCGUCCGGCGUGCGGUCGCCCCGGAGACGGCGGGGUUCGAGCCGGCGAAGUCAUGGAUAUAGACGCUGAAAGAGAGAAGAUAACACAGGAGAUCAAGGAGCUGGAAAGGAUUUUGGACCCUAGCUCCUCGGGCAUGCACAUGGAAACCUCAGAGUCAAGUUUGGAGUCAGAUUCUGAAGCAGAUUCGCCGCCUUCUGAGGACCUGGAUGCUGCUGAUGCCCUCAUCUCGGAAGAAGAAAGGUGGGGUGAAGCCAGCAACGAUGAGGACGACCCCAAGGAUAAAACCCUCCCUGAAGACCCAGAGACCUGCCUGCAGCUGAACAUGGUCUACCAGGAGGUCAUCCAGGAGAAGCUGGCGGAUGCCAACCUGCUGCUGGCCCAGAACCGGGAGCAGCAGGAGGAACUCAUGAGGGAUCUGGCUGGGUCCAAAGGCACCAAGGUGAGGGACGGCAGGAGCCUGCCCCCGAGCACAUACAUGGGGCACUUCAUGAAGCCGUAUUUCAAGGACAAGGUUACCGGCGUGGGGCCCCCUGCCAACGAGGACACGAGGGAGAAGGCUGCCCAGGGUAUCAAGGCUUUCGAGGAGCUCCUCGUGACCAAAUGGAAGAACUGGGAAAAGGCCUUGCUUCGAAAGUCAGUGGUGAGUGACCGCCUGCAGCGAUUGCUUCAGCCCAAGUUACUGAAGCUUGAGUACUUGCACCAGAAGCAGAGCAAAGUCUCCAGUGAGCCAGAGAGGCAGGUCCUGGAGAAGCAGGCCAGGGAGGCCGAGAAGGAGAUCCAGGACAUCAACCAGCUUCCUGAAGAGGCCUUGCUGGGAGACAGGCUGGACAGCCACGACUGGGAGAAGAUUUCCAAUAUGAACUUUGAAGGCAGCCGUAGCGCAGAGGAGAUCCAGAAGUUCUGGCAGAACUCGGAGCACCCCAGCAUCAACAAGCAGGAGUGGAGCGGGGAGGAGCUGGAGCGGCUGCAGGCGAUCGCGGCUGCACACGGCCACCUGGAGUGGCAGAGGAUUGCAGAGGAGCUCGGGACCAGCCGCAGCGCCUUCCAGUGCCUGCAGAAAUUCCAGCAGCACAACAAAACCCUGAAACGCAAGGAGUGGACGGAGGAGGAAGACCGCAUGCUCACACAGCUGGUGCAGGAGAUGCGGGUCGGCAGCCACAUCCCCUACCGCAGAAUCGUCUACUAUAUGGAAGGGAGGGACUCCAUGCAGCUGAUCUAUCGGUGGACCAAGAGCUUGGAUCCUGCCCUGAAGAAGGGGUGCUGGGCCCCCGAGGAAGAUGCUAAGUUGCUUCAAGCUGUUGCCAAAUAUGGGGAGCAGGAUUGGUUUAAAAUCCGGGAAGAGGUGCCAGGUAGGAGCGAUGCCCAGUGCCGAGAUCGGUAUCUCAGGAGAUUACAUUUCAGUCUGAAAAAGGGGCGGUGGAAUUUAAAAGAAGAGGAACAGUUAAUUGAAUUAAUAGAAAAAUACGGUGUUGGUCACUGGGCAAAAAUAGCUUCUGAGCUGCCCCAUCGGUCCGGCUCCCAGUGUCUGAGCAAGUGGAAGAUCAUGAUGGGGAAGCAGGGUCUCCGGAGGCGGCGUCGGAGGGCCCGUCACAGGGUCCGCUGGAGCUCUAGCAGCAGUAGCAGCAGCAGUGGAGGCAGCAGCAGAGUGGGCAGCAGCAGCAGCAGUGACGAGGAGGAGCCGGAGCAGGCACAGGCCGGGGAGGGUGGCCUAGCGCCGCUGUCCCCGCAAUACGUGGUCCCGGACAUGGAUCUGUGGGUUCCUGCCAGGCAGAGCACCAGAGGGGCAGGGGAUUGGCUGGGAUGCCCCACUGCCUCCCCCAGCCCUCUCAAGGGGUCCAGUGGCAGCAAGGAAGCUUCUACCACACCCACGGCUCCUGGAGAGGAGAGGAGCCCAGCACAGGCCCCUGCCAGGGCCCACAGCCCCGUACCGAGAACUGCCCAGGCCUCCCACUUGGCAGACACUCAACCAGCGGGUGCAGAGAAGCAGGCCCCCGAGUGUGGGAGGCGUCUGCCGACGGUGCCCAUGGAGACCGUGCUGAGGGUGCUCAGGGCCAACACACCUGUUCAGAGCUGCACACAGAAAGAGCAGCUGGGGCAGCCGCCCCUGCGCAGCUCAUCCCCAGGGGUCAGCCCUGGUGACAGCAUGGCCCGGUCCCAUGUGCGCUGGCUGCGGCACAGAGCCGCCCAGAGCGGGCAGCGGCGCUGGAGACAGGCUCUGAACCGGAGGCUCCUGGACCGCCGGCUGCUCCUGGCUGUGACCCCCUGGGUGGGGGACGUCGUCCUGCCCUGCACACAGGCUCUCCGGAGACCCGCCGCAGUGCAGACUCGAGCGGAUGACCUCAGGGAGCAGCUGCAGCAGGCCCACCUGACCAGCACCCCCGUGUUUACCUUGUUCACCCAGUUAUUCCAGAUCGACACUGCCGGCUGCUUGGAGGUCGUCCAAGAGAGGAAGGCCCUGCCGCCCAGCCUGCCCCGGGCUGGUGCUCAGGACCCAUCACUGCAUCUGCCACAGGCCUCCUCCAGUGCCCAGAACACCCCAGGCCGCCCCUUCCCAAACUUGCUGGUUCAAGAAGCCUCAAACAGCGCCAGCAACAAAGGGAGCCGGAGACGGGUCUCUGGCCGGGCAGAGCGCACCCUGCCCCAGGUGUCCCCACUGGCUCCGACCGGCUCCCGGCCCAAGCGAAAGACUGUGUCAGAGCUACUUCAGGAGAAGCGGCUUCAGGAGGCCCGUGCCAGGGAGGCCGCCCGGGGCCCGGUGUUGCUACCAUCCCAGCUGCUGGUCUCCUCGCCUGUGGUCCUCCAGCCCCCUCUACCACACGCCCCGCACUGCCGCCCAGCCCCUGGGCCCGCCAUCUCAAAUGCACCACUCUCUGGGCCUGGGACCCCAGCAGCAGCCAGGCCGGGCACUUCUGGCUUCCAGCAGGAGGUUGGGACUUCAGCCACGGACAAGAGACUCUCUACCCUGCAAGCCCUACCCCUUGCUCCUGCCUUCACAGGGGCCGAGGGCACAGCCCCUUCCCUGGGCCCCGGCCAGGUCUCUGUGAGCUGCCCCGGGAGCGGUCUCGGACAGUCUCAGGCCCCUGCUGCAUCCCGGAAGCAGGGCCUGCCUGAGGCGCCGCCCUUCCUCCCUGCAGCCCCCAGCCCCACCCCACCGCCCAUCCAGCCCCUCAGCCUGACGCAUGUGGGAGGACCAGGUGUGGUGGCCAGUGUCCCGCUGCCUGUCACCUGGGUGCUCACAGCCCAGGGGCUCCUCCCCGUUCCUGUGCCAGCUGUGGUGGGCCUUCCCAGGCCCGUAGGGACCCCUGGCCCCGCAGGGCUGCUGGCCACUCUGCUGCCUCCCCUGACCGAGGCUCAGGCAGCCCAGGACCCCAGGGCUGUGGCCAGUAUGAAGGUGGAACCAGAGCCUUCCUGCAGGACAGACCCACCAGCCCCUCCCAUGCAGGCCCCCCCCCAAAGUCCUGCAGAAGUGGGUGGCAGUGUGGCCCUUGUCCCUGGAGAGGCCCAGGUGGCCAGGGAGGUAACUGCACCCAUGACAUCCACCCAGACUGACCUGCCUGAAGCAGAACCCCCCUGGCCCAGGAGGCUGCCAGACCUUGGUGGUGCCAUCCCAGCAAGUGAGCCAGCAGGGACACCAGGGUCCCCCUCGGGGACACAAGAGCCCAGGGGGCCUCUGGGCCUGGAGAGACCACCCCUGCCACAGCCUGGGCCUGAGAAGGGGGCCCUGGACCUGGGCCUGCUGUCGCAGGAGGGAGAGAUGGCCACACAGGAGUGGCUGGGGGGUCGGCGGGGGGUGCACGUGCCUCCCCUGGUGAGCAGACUGCCCUACCAGCCCCCAGCCCUGUGCAGCCUGCGGGCACUGGCUGGCCUCCUGCUCCACAAGAAGGCCCUGGAGCACAAGGCUGCCUCCCUGGUGCACCUCCCAGCCGGGGUCAAAAUGCAACAACCAACGGGAGUGCUGCAGGCCUCACGGGGGCUGGUGCAGGGGCAGCUCCAGGACAACCCUGCCUACCUCCUGCUGCGGGCACGGUUCCUGGCAGCCUUCACCCUCCCUGCACUUCUGGCCACUCUGGCCCCCCAUGGCAUCCGUACCACCCUCUCAGCAGCUUCAAUGGCGGGCUCCGAGAGUGAGGAGGAAGAGCUGAGUGAGCUGGAACUCGCAGAUGGAACCGGGCAGCUGGGUCACAGGGUGGCCACACAGCCUGUUCAGGGAGCCCCAGACUCUGGUGAAUGCUCUGCCUCCCCCUGCCAGGGUGCUUCUGAUGACCUUGAUGUUGACAACCUUGAUGUGCUGAGAACCCGGCAUGCCAGGCACACCCGGAAGCGGAGGUGGCUGGUGUGAGCAGCAGGGUAGACACUCCCCAGAAACCAGUGACCCUGCUGGUGAGAGGCAGCCACAGGCCAGGGAGCUGCUGGCCGCUGACCAACCAAGUCUGCGAGGAACAGGGGAGCCCUGCAAACUGAAUGUGUGGCUGGUCCCCAAGUGCACGUCUCAGCCCCCGGAGGAAUAAAGUUCUGUUUCUAACCGUA